GAGGCGAUUGAAGAGCGCUGCCGCAUCAGCCAAGAGCCAGUGGCCUCGGUGCUGCGGAGUGUGCGCGCUUCUGUGAAGCCAAAGCUGCUCGACUACCUGGCCCGCUACGUGUUCCGACAGGACCGCGACACGAUCGGUGACCAAGAGAUCAUGGACAAGAUCAAGGAGCGAGUCGCCGAGGUGAUGAACUGGUACAUCCCGGACAUCUUCGACUUCUUUAAGACCCACCUGAGAAUGGACUUGAAGGAGCAGGAUGUGGAGGCAAGGGUCGCCAAAUACUUCGUCGACUUUGACCAGUUCAUCGAGGAGCACGGGUUUGCGUCCAUGCUCGCGGCCGGUGGUACGGACCGACCUGACUACCGCGACCGCAUGAAGAAUCGCUGCAAGUUGAUU